CACAAAUUGAAGUGAUACCAUGCAAAAUUUGUGGUGAUAAGUCCUCUGGAAUACACUAUGGAGUCAUCACAUGCGAAGGCUGCAAGGGAUUCUUUCGGAGGAGUCAGCAGAACAACGCCUCCUACUCCUGCCCAAGGCAGAGAAACUGUUUAAUUGACAGAACCAACAGAAAUCGUUGCCAACACUGCCGACUGCAGAAAUGUCUUGCCCUGGGAAUGUCUCGAGAUGCUGUGAAGUUUGGAAGAAUGUCCAAAAAGCAGAGGGAUAGCUUGUAUGCUGAAGUGCAGAAGCACCAGCAGCGACUGCAGGAACAACGGCAGCAGCAGAGCGGUGAGGCAGAAGCCCUCGCCAGGGUUUACAGCAACAGCAUCAGCAAUGGCUUGAGCAACCUGAAUAACGAAACUGGCAGCACCUACUCAAACGGGCAUGUCAUCGACCUGCCGAAGUCUGAGGGUUAUUAUAACGUGGAUUCUGCUCAGCCUUCCCCAGACCAGUCUGGGUUAGACAUGACUGGAAUCAAACAGAUAAAGCAGGAACCUAUCUAUGACCUCACCUCUGUACCAAACUUGUUUACCUAUAGCUCUUUCAACAAUGGGCAACUAGCUCCGGGGAUAUCCAUGAGUGAAAUAG